AUUGAACGAAUCAGCGCUAAUCGGAGCCAAUGUCUCCCUUCAUUUUAUGUAGUUUCUUUUGCUCACCUGAAUUUGAGGAGACAUUGCCUCCGUUGCCUACUCGGACAAAUCGCUACUGGUACCAAGUAUGCUUAUCUGCGGUGUUUUAGAAAACUUUGUGUCAUACCAGCAGACGUGCACCUAAAGAGGUUUGCUUCAGAUCGGUCACAUAUGAAGGAUUGUGAUGGGAACUGGCGUAUGCCACCUCCAACAUAUCCUUGCAUAGAAACAUCAGAUUCUAAAAUGAAUCUGGAUGACUUCAUCUGCAUGGAUGCCAGAAUAGGAUAUGGAGAAGUUUAUGAACUUUUAGACUUUGUUCAACACUUUGGAGUGAAGUAAAUGGGGUUUUGUUUUAUGCAAGAUCCUAGUAAGCCAAUAACAUUGUGUACAUCAUAAAAGUGCUGUUGUUCAGGUUGAAGAU